UCUCAUAUAAAUUCAAGAGAUGCUAAGCAGAGUAUUCGUGAGAACAGAAUAGAAGCAUGGAAAUCGAUUCCGGUGACCGGAAAUUUGCGCUUCCGGUGGACUCGGAGCACAAGGCCACCGAAUUCCGAGUGUACUCUGUAGCUUGGCCGCACAUGCGAGCAUUUCACCUCUCAUGGGUCUCCUUCUUCGCCUGUUUCGUUUCCACCUUCGCCGCCCCUCCACUGCUCCCCAUCAUCCGCGACAACCUUAAUCUCACCGCUACCGACAUCGGAAACGCCGGAAUCGCCUCGGUUUCCGGCGCCGUCUUCGCCCGGAUCACCAUGGGGACCGCGUGUGAUCUCUUCGGCCCAAGACUCGCCUCCGCCGCCCUCACCCUCCUCACGGCGCCGGCCGUUUACUGCUUCGCCGUCGCGAACUCCCCUGUUUCGUUCUUGCUGGUCCGCUUCUUCACGGGCUUCUCUUUGGCCACUUUCGUGUCGACCCAGUUCUGGAUGAGCUCCAUGUUCACCGCCAAAGUGGUCGGCACCGCCAACGGCGUCGCCGGCGGGUGGGGGAAUCUCGGCGGCGGCGCCACGCAGCUCAUAAUGCCUCUGGUGUUUGGCUUAAUCAAAAACAUCGGCGCCACGAAAUUCACCGCUUGGAGAAUCGCGUUUUUCAUCCCGGCCCUUUUCCAGACCAUAUCGGCCUACGCAAUCUUCUUCUUGGGCCAAGACAUGCCGGAUGGGAACUACGCGGAGCUCCACAAAUCCGGCGACAAGUACAAAGACAAAUUCAAAGAUGUUUUCUAUAACGCCACCACGAAUUACAGGGGCUGGAUUCUGGCGUUAACGUACGGGUACUGUUUCGGCGUUGAACUCACUGUGGACAACAUAAUUGCGCAGUAUUUUUAUGAUAGGUUUAACGUGAAUCUCCACACGGCCGGGAUCAUUGCGGCUAGUUUUGGAUUGGCGAAUCUGUUUUCGCGGCCAGGGGGAGGUAUGCUGUCGGAUAUUGUGGCGAAGAGGUAUGGGAUGAGGGGAAGGCUGUGGGCAUUAUGGAUUGUGCAGACCAUAGGAGGGCUUCUUUGUGUUUUACUAGGAAGAGUUGGAUCCUUGAGUGCUUCUGUUGCUGUCAUGGUUGUUUUCUCUGUGUUUGUUCAAGCUGCCUGUGGCCUCACCUUUGGAGUUGUCCCAUUUGUUUCAAGAAGGUCAUUGGGGAUAAUAUCUGGGAUGGCAGGAGGGGGAGGAAAUGUGGGAGCAGUCAUAACACAAGUGAUUUUCUUCAGAGGAUCAAGAUACAAGACCGAGACAGGGAUAACGUUAAUGGGAAUCAUGAUCAUCUGUUGCACGCUCCCAAUUCUGUUCAUGUACUUUCCUCAGUGGGGAGGGAUGUUUUUUGGUCCCUCGAAAGGCACAACAGAGGAGGACUAUUACGGGGCGGAGUGGAGCGAGGCGGAGAAGGAAAAAGGGUUUCACAAGCCAUGCAUGAAAUUUGCUAAUAAUAGCAAAAGUGAAAGAGGAAAAAGAGUGGCAUCUGCUGCCACACCCGUAGAUGGAACUCCUCCAUCUGGUGUCGUCUAUGUGUGAGCUUAGCUAGCUUUGUUUUAUUAGCACUCAGCUUUAGGAUUCAUACUCCAUCUUUAUAUAUAUUAUUGUAAAAUCUACUUUUAUCAAUUCUGCUUAGCUAUGACUAUCUCUUGUAUUCCUAUAAAUACAUAACUUUCUGUACUUUGUAAACAAGAUUGAUGAAUGAUAAAAACUUUAUGUACAAA